AUGGACGGCACAAGCCCUAAGUUGUAUAUCCUCAGGCCAAAGAUCCAUGUCACCAGCUGCAUUUUCUGCCCCAACUUAUCAGCUGGAGGAGGAAGUGGGGGAGGAGGUGGCCCAGCUAAUGCGGCUGCUAGAGGAGCUCCAAAUUUACCUUUAACUCCAAUCGGAACUAGAGGGGAACCUCCAAUUGGCCAGUCAGCCCAAGCAUUACUUGGAAGUCGUGUAGGGUUAGCCGAAUUUGGAUCGGAAGGCUAUAACUCGCAGGGUGGUGGUCCUGUAGUUGAUGGUGAGGCUUUGAGUUGCAACUUUGAAGGAGAACCUUGUUGUUGGGCAAAUAUCCCAACACCCAGUGAUGAUCAAAUUGAUUGGUAUUUAGUUCAGGGUACUCCAGAAAGUAUCCAUUUAAGAAAUAUUUCAAUGAAAGGACGUUAUUUGUUUGCUUAUGCAAAAGGGGCAGGUCCUUCAGAUGAAGCCCAACUUUCUUCUUGUGCUAUAACUUGUGCAAGUUCUCCAAUUAAAGUUAGAGCUAGACAUUGGCAAUCAUCUAAUGUUUUACUUCAAGUUUGUCAGAGAGAAUCAUUUCCAGCUACUUUAGGCUUCAAUCCUUUACUAAACUGCCAGGAGUUUCCAUCGCCUGGACAUGUGGCCUAUACAGAAUUGGCAUUACCUAAAGCUUCUUAUGUUGACAUUGUUUUUGUUGCCAGUAAUUUUAUUGAUGAAACAAUAGGGGAUAUUGCAUUUUUGGAUGAUAUUGAAAUUCUUUAUGAGAGAAGACCCCCAGAUUGUGCUGGCCCUCCUACACAAACAGCAACUAGCAGUACACAAAAAAUAUCAAUAAAAUCAACUAAAAAAAUUAAAACAACAACAGAAAAUUUAAUAAAAACAACAACGAUUCCUUUAAUUGAAGAAACAGAAAAUGGAGGAAAUGAAAGAAAUCUGGAAGGAAAAGAGGAUUCAAGACCAGAAAUUACCGAAAGUGAAAACAAAAUUCCAAAAGAGUCGGCUGCUUCAGGUUCAGCUGCUUCAUCUUCAAUAGUUCUUGUUUCAGACAAAGUUGAAGAAGGAAUUCCCCCUGUUGAUAGGGAACCUGUUCCAUUAUCACAAGGCGAAGAAAGUAUUAAUGCAAAAGCUCAUGGAGUAAUAGCAAAAAGUGGAGAUGAAGUAGUUGUUCCAUCAACAACUUCCUCUAUUGACUCUGCAACAUGCCAGUCAAUUAAAUGUUCUUUUGAAGAUGGAACUAGUUGUUCAUAUAAAGAUACAGUUGAAGCAGAAAAUGCAGCACGUGGAUUAACUACUAAAUUUGAAGUUACUAAAGGACAAUUUAUGAAUAGAGUUACUGGAAUUAGACAAGGAUCUAGCUCUUAUGCAGCAGUAUUUCUUUAUCCGCGUGAAAAAGCUGGAUUAUGGACAAAUAUUAAUGGAAAUUCAGAGAAUAAUAUAAAUUCUUUAUCAGAACCAACAAGAAUUAGAUUUCAAUAUUAUGAAGGAACACACGGAGUUCAAUUAAAGGGAUGUUGCGCUUUAAAUUCUGUUACAACUGGAAGUGAAACGACAGAAGAAGGAAAUUUAGAUUGCCCUUUUCUUUCUGAUAAAUUUGUUUCUGUUUCUGAUAGAAUGUGGAAAUGGGGAACUUUUGUAUGUCCUAAAGGAACUAAAAGGGGUGCUUGUGCUCUAGAUGAUAUUGCUGUUGUGGAAAAUAGAGAGGAUAUUAAUAUGAAUGAUAAACCCGUCUGUUAAUUAACAAUUUUUUUUUAAUUUUUAGAGAAUAUUUAUUUAUUAUAAACUGAGGAAAGUCUAAAGAUUUUUUAUCUUUGAAAAAAUUAAAAUGA